AUGCUGCAGAAGCUAGCUGGUAUAAAUGAAGUAUAUCCUUAUCUUCUAUCACAUGAUGCACUUCGUCAAGUAAUUAAACGAGUUCGACAUAUUGAUACUCAUGUGGAACCACAAUCUUUGGAGAGCCUUGUUAUUCCUGAAGAUAUGAAAAAAACAUUAGAUGAACCAAUGUUUCCUCCUUCACUUUGGUCAGUUACUAACAAUAUUGAAUAUGCAUUUCCUCGAACCCAAAAUUCUGUUGAAGGUUGGCAUAGAAGAUGGGAAACAUUAAUAGGUCGUGCACAUGUAGAUAUAUUUAAAAUUAUUAAAGAUAUACAAAAAGAACAAAAUCAAGUUCAACUCAACAUAAAAUCAAUUUUGCGAGGAGCACUACGAUCUUCACAAAGAAGACAAGAUCAUGAGCGUGAAGAUCGAAUUCAAAAAGUAUAUAAUGAUCGUGAAAAUAGAUCACUUAUGGAUAUUUUAUGA